UGUCUACCGCUGGGCGUAAGAACUGUUGGCUGGGGCAAAGCAGCUAUGGAUCCGACUAAUGGCGAUACUGAUGUUUUAUUUUCAUUUGGCCUUAUCACUGACAUCCAGUAUGCCGAUAUUUGCGAUCGACAAAACUCUGCGAAGACUAGGUGGCGUAGAUACCGAAACGCUCUCUGUUGUCUGCAAGAAGCCGUAGACCAUUGGAUCAGACCAAGCAGGUCGCUCUCGUUCAUCGUACAACUGGGAGACAUAAUCGAUGGCUUUAAUACAGAUCUAAAUGACGCAAACGAUAGCGAGAGAAACUCCUCUCAAGACGCAUUGGAUUUAGUGAUGAGAGAAUUUUCAAAACUUCCUCCAGAAAUACCCGUGUUUCAUAAUUUAGGAAAUCACGAGCUGUACAAUUUUUCUCGCGAGGAACUUUCAGCAUCUAUUCUGCACCCUUUCAACAGCUGUGAAAGUUCUGAAUAUUUGAGCAAGCACCAAAGCCUGCCUGCUGUAAGUGAGGAGGAGACGAAACCAUUUUACUUCUCGUUUGUACCUCAUCCCAAAUUUUGUUUUGUGUACUUGGAUAGCUAUGACACGAGCCUUCAUGGCUUUGACGAAACUAGUUCCACAUAUAAAGAUGCCUUGGCGAUGGUGCGUAAAUACAACAAGAAUGGCGACCUUGAUAGUGCUGAUGGUCUUCACGGCUUAAACAGGCGAUUUGUAGCGUACAAUGGUGGAAUCGGUCCUAUGCAACUUCAGUGGCUGCAGGCAGUCCUGGAAGUAGCAAUAGAAAAUGGUCAAAAAGCUGUUAUUUUCAGCCAUGUCCCAAUCUCUCCAGGAAACAGACCUCGACGGGGUGCAGUAGAUCUGCUGUGGAACUACCAAGAUGUACUUAAGGUGCUGUGGCAGUCUGGAUGUGUGGUCGCCUGUUUCCAUGGUCACACUCACUAUGAUGAUUAUUUCGUGGACAAACAUGGUAUCCAUCACUUGACUUUUGAGGGUGUUAUUACAGCACCUCUUGAUUCCAAUGCAUUUGCCACAUUGCACGUUAAAAAUGAUGCUAUUGUCAUUGAAGGUUUUGGUGUCAUAGAAAGUCGAGUGUUGAAGUUUUUUCACUGACAUAUUUAGGGAAAAGUUUAAAGGUUUUGCUGGUAUAGAAAGUCAAAUGUUGAAAUUUAAUUACGGUACCAACAUUUUUGUGAAUUUCUUUGCGGUGUCAAAUUGUAAAGGUUGGUAUGUGAAAAACUAUAAUAGUGAGAAAGCUUGUGUUAAAA